AUGGCUCGCGGUAUCGUGAACGCCGCUAAGUCGGCAUCCAAUGUCAUCGCUGUACACAAGAAAUACACAGUCCAGUCCACCGGCAUCUGGGAGCGCCUGCGUCGCCUUCUCGCUGUUGAUCCUUCUCGCUCCACGGGUGUCCCUCUGAACUCCCAAUUCCGUAUUCCUACCCCGGGCUCCAUCCCCCCUCUUGCCUAUGAUGACCCGGUUACCAUUCCCGCGGGCGAUAUCGCCGACAACCCUUACUGGAAGCGGGACGUCCGGAGAAGCUACCCUCAGCUGAGCACCGUGCGCCAGGCCGACGCAGUCAGUCUCCUCACAUUUGGAAGCCAGGCUGCUCCUAAGGAGGACAUCCUCAAGAUCGGACAGGCCGGAGAGCAGCAAUUGGUUGCUGUCAAGGAACAGGGCGAAGAACGUGGCCUCGCGGCUCUCUUUGAGCAAGAUAAGAAGAGCAUCCAGGGUGUUUUGGGUGCCAACGGCUUGCCCCCUAGCCCUUGCAACCUCAACACUAUCUCGAAGUCUUCACAAUCUAAGUACGAGCUUGAUUCAGAGCACGGCUACCCCGAGAAAUAUCCCUGCCGCACCUUCGCUUGA